AUGUCUCCCCCAACAAGUGGUAUUUUUAUGAGUCAGAAAAAAUAUGCACAAGAUGUUUUGAAGAGAUUUAAUAUGUCUGAGUGCAAAUCUGCAUCCACACCAGUUGAGUGUGGAGUUAUUUUGACAAAGGAGGAUACCGGUAAAGCGGUUGAUCCUACCUUGUUUAACCAAAUGGUUGGUUCAUUGAGGUAUCUUUGUAGCAAUAGACCAGAGAUCAGUUAUGGUGUUGGAUUAAUUAGCAAAUUUAUGGAGAAUCCUCAGGAAUCUCACUUUGUUGCCGCAAAAAGAAUCCUGCGAUAUCUCAUAGGCACUCUUGGUCAUGGAGUCUUGUUUCCUAACAUCAGAUACAUUGUUAGAUCAGAGGUAGUUGGCUAUGUGGAUUCUGAUUGGUGUGGAUACAAGGAUGACAAAAAGAGUACUAUUGGUUAUGUGUUCUUUUGUGGAGAUGCUCAUGUCUCUUGGUGCUCUAAGAAGCAGCCUAUUGUGGCACUCUCCUCUUGUCAGGCAGAAUAUGUGGCUGCUUCCUAUAGUGCUUGUCAAGUUGUGCGGCUAGGUAUGCUGAUGGAGGAAAUUGGUUUAAGAAGGAAUGGUUCCAUGAAGUUGCAGAUUGAUAAUAAGUCAGUCAUUGACUUGUCUAAACAUCCAGUGGCACAUGGAAAGAGCAAGCCUAUAUAA